AGAGGAAAAGUCUUAAAAACACAGCGAUUAUUUUCUCUCGCGCUCUCCCUCUCCAGAGUCUGCACAGCAUAAACCCUAAAAUCCAAAUUGGGAAGAUUGGGUAGCUUUUUGCCUUAGUUCUGCUGUCUUCGUCAAUCCAAGGAAGCUUGUGGACUUUGGUGAUUAGUCUUUAUUGUUAUCAACCACUCAAGUCGUUAUAUUUGAAUUUUUUUAAAUUGGAGAGCUCAGAUACAUAUGGCUGGUUUUUUGCCUGCUGAAUCCUCUCAUAGUGAAAUGAGUGAUGUUGGUUCUUAUAAAGACGGGCAGGACCGGCCAGAGGAAGGAGCUUGUUGGUACUUUUAUAGAAAGGAGAUUGAAGAAAAUUCUCCAUCUAGACGAGAUGGCAUUGACUUAAAGAAAGAGACAUAUUUACGCAAGUCAUACUGUACUUAUCUACAAGAUUUGGGUAUGAGACUUAAAGUACCCCAGUUGACAAUUGCAACAUCCAUAAUUUUCUGUCAUCGAUUCUUUCUUCGUCAAUCUCAUGCAAAGAAUGAUAGAAGGACCAUCGCAACAGUUUGUAUGUUUCUUGCUGGGAAGGUUGAAGAAACUCCGCGGCCACUAAAAGAUGUUAUCCUUGUGUCUUAUGAAAUUAUUCAUAAGAAGGAUCCUAAAGCAGUACAGAGGAUCAAGCAAAAGGAGGUGUAUGAACAGCAGAAAGAAUUAAUUUUACUUGGAGAGAGGGUUGUUCUUGGGACUCUUGGUUUUGAUCUUAAUGUACUCCAUCCAUAUAAACCUCUCGUGGAGGCAAUAAAGAAAUUCCAAGUAGCUCAAAAUGCCCUUGCCCAAGUUGCAUGGAAUUUUGUCAAUGAUGGACUUCGGACAUCGCUUUGCUUGCAAUUUAAACCCCACCACAUUGCAGCUGGUGCCAUUUUUCUUGCUGCCAAGUUCCUAAAAGUAAAGCUCCCAUCAGAUGGCGAGAGGGUGUGGUGGCAAGAGUUUGACGUCACCCCACGCCAAUUGGAGGGUGGGUGUCCUCGUUUUAAUUCAGUAGAAGUAAGCAAUCAAAUGUUGGAACUAUACGAACAAAAUCGAGUUCCAGCUUCCAAUGAAGUUGAAGGGACUGCAGCAAGUGGCGCUGCUCAUCGGGCUCCAUCGAAAGCUACAACGAGCAAUGAAGAAUAUGCUACAAGCAACAGUAAUCUACAGGGUGGUGAUACAAGACCUGGAACCUUGAAGCUUGCAUCAUCUAGGCCAGAACCCGAGCAAUUAGAUGUUGGAAAUGAUAAUGGACCUCCUAGAAAUACCCAAAGUCUAAAUAAUGACAACAGAAGUACAGAUAUCAGAAAUGCUUCAGACCACGAUGUGAAUGUAGAAUUCAAAGAUAAUCAGCACUCUGCACCAUUGUCAUUGCACCAGGGGCAGAUGGGAGAUGCUCAAAACGUAUCAAAAUCUGGUUCAGAGGGCCGUCAUGAAGAAGGUCAAGAAGAUAAUGGGAAAUUUGACACAAGAGAAGCAGGGGAAUUGAAGGCCAAACAAUUUGGCCGAAGUUUGGAAAAUGGACAAGGUGCACUUGGGCAGUCACCUCAGGAUGUAAUAAAAAAGAUUGACAAAAACAAGGUGAAGGCAGCACUGGAAAAACGAAGAAAGUCCCAGGGUGAUGUGACUCGGAAAAAAGAUUUGAUGGAUGAGGAUGAUCUUAUUGAGAUGGAACUGGAAGAUGGUAUUGAACUGGCUGCUGGGAGUGAGAAAAUCAAGGGAGACGGGAGUCAAAGCUGGGUUAAGUCCUCAAAUAGAUCAGAAAAUGAGGACCUGCAUCAGGGAAAACAAGAAGAGGAUGCCAGGAAUGGUAGAACUGAUUUAAGCAAUGUGGAAGAAGGUGAGGUAUCUGCACUUGCUGAUGGUGGCCAAGGAUAUCAUUCUCCCAUUUCAAGUGACCGCAAGAGAAAAAGCCCUCCACUCAAUGGUGUAGAGAAGAUGCAGCGGUGUGAUUAUUCACCUGGAACUGCCCACCAUAAUCAGUUUGAUCAUGCAGAAGAUCACAGUGAGGUUGGCCGGGUUGUACACACAGAAAUGGAUCACAAGAGGCAAGUACAGGAAAAUCAUGUCUGAGGUGGUGUGCACUGCUUGCAGUUGCUGGAGAGGUCUUGAUUUAAUGACGUGCAAAUUCUCUUCAUGUCCAAGUGUAUAUUGUGAUUUCUUCGCAGACCGCGUCCUUGGUAUGCUCUAAUCCUUUUUUGAUGUUCCCCAGAGGCACCCUAAGAUAUUUCAGUGCAAUCCGUUGGUUUGGUGUCUUGACUAACUUCUGUGUAUUCCUUCCCUUUGCGGAUAUAUAUUGGCAUGAGAGCGAGGUUUAUCAGUCCUGAAUAGGUGCUUUUCCAUCUCAUCUAAUUCUUAGAAUGUUUUGGACACUAUAUUUAUUGAUGGUGAUGAUACAAGUAGGGGAAAUGGUUAAAUGGGGAAGAAACUUUUGACAUUGUUGAAUCCAAUCAAUUAUAUAUUCAAUGGUUACAAAUUGCGCA